AUGUUUGGUGAUCAGCUUGUACUUAACUAUAAAAUCAUUGGAUUAUUAGCUUACAAUUGCCUUUACACAGAGUACAUCUCUGUAUACAAUGGAUCCCUUCACAGUCCUGAUAAUUUGUCUUUCUUGUUUGACUCUCCUUUUUCUGUGGAACCGAAGCUAUGCCAAAGGGAAGCUGCCACCUGGCCCCACUCCCCUCCCAAUCAUUGGAAAUAUGCUACAGCUAAAUCUUAAGAACACCACCGAAUCCCUUAACAAGCUAGCAAAAGUCUAUGGCCCUGUGUUCACCGUGUAUUUUGGCAUGAAGCCCACUGUGGUGCUGCAUGGAUAUGAAGCAGUGAAGGAAGCCCUGAUUGAUCUGGGAGAGAACUUUUCUGGAAGAGGCGACUUCCCAGUGUUAGACAAAGUCACCCAUGGAUCAGGAAUUGUUUUCAGCAAUGGAGAAAUGUGGAAGCAAACCCGGCGUUUCUCCCUCAUGGUUUUGCGGAAUAUGGGAAUGGGAAAGAAGACUAUUGAAGACAGAAUUCAAGAGGAAGCCUUGUGUCUGGUGGAAGCAUUAAGAAAAACCAAUGGAUCUCCCUGUGAUCCUUCUUUCCUUCUGGCCUGUGUUCCCUGCAAUGUGAUCUGCUCCAUUAUAUUCCACAGUCGUUUUGAUUACGGUGAUGAAAAAUGGCCAACCUUGAUAAAGUAUUUUCAUCAAAACUUCGAAAUCAUAAGCACCCGCUGGAUACAGCUCUACAAUGCUUUCCCUUCUGUAAUACAUUAUCUCCCAGGAAGUCAUAAUACUAUAUUUAAAAACAUUGCUGAACAACAAAAUUUUAUCCUGGAGAAAGUGAAAGAACACCAAGAGACCCUGGACCUUAAUAACCCUCGAGAUUUUAUUGACUACUUCCUGAUUAAAAUGGAAAAGGAAAAGCACAAUAAGCAGUCUGAGUUUACCAUGGACAACUUGAUCACUACCGUCUGGGAUGUGUUUUCUGCUGGAACAGAGACAACAAGCACCACCCUAAAAUAUGGACUCCUGCUUCUGCUGAAGCACCCGGAGGUCACAGCUAAAGUCCAGGAAGAGAUUGACCGUGUGAUUGGCAGACACCGGAGCCCCUGCAUGCAGGACAGGAGCCACAUGCCCUACACGGAUGCCGUGGUGCAUGAGAUCCAGAGAUACAUUGACCUCGUCCCCACCAGUGUGCCCCAUUCAGUGAUUCGGGAUACUAAGUUCAGAGACUAUCUUAUACCCAAGGGCACAACUGUAUUUGUAUCUCUGACUUCUGUCCUGCACGAUGGCAAAGAGUUUCCCAACCCACAUCAGUUUGAUCCUGGCCAUUUCCUGGAUGAAAAGGGCAACUUUAAGAAGAGUGACUACUUCAUGGCUUUUUCAGCAGGAAAAAGAGUUUGUGCUGGAGAAGCCCUGGCCCGCAUGGAGCUGUUUUUACUACUGACCAACAUUCUACAGCAUUUUACCUUGAAACCUCUGGUUGAUCCAAAGGACAUCGACACCACCCCGUUUGUCAGUGGGAUAGGCUCUAUACCACCUGCCUAUGAGCUCUGUUUCAUUCCACUCUGAAGAAAGGGGGAGGUUGCCAGAUUGCAGAGCAAGACCCUCCGGACUCAUCUGAAUGAGUCAGAUGCUUUCUAAUGUGUGGUCCUAAUGUCUCUUCUAAUUUUCCCCAUCCUUUAAAAAAUAAACCUAUAAAGCCUCUGGUGUGAAACAUAAGAAAAA